AUGCCGGCCACCAACCAGAAACCGGCCCCUCUUACGCCGGCAUCGCCUCGAAAUACCGCCAAGUAUACGAACAAGGAUGGCUCAAAGUUCAUCACCGUCCCCAAAAGCACUCCCUCCGACUCGUCCCAACCUUCUACCCCGACAAUUGCCGCCAAAUCGACACAUCCUCCGCCGAAUCAUUCCAACCCAGACGUCCCUGUUCAACCCGUGAAUCGCAAGAAGCAGAAGCGUCGCCAAAAGGCAUUGGCAAAGGCCGCGGCUGCGGAGCUAGCAGCCAACGGGCUUGCAGACCCCGCAUCAACGUCUCAACAACCCAGUAGGCCUUCUCCCGAAGACCAGGAAGCCGCUUUCAGUGAUGAUGAAGCUGAGGACGCGUUGAACGGGGACUUGGACGGUACAGGAUCGAAUGGACACAAUGACUCCACCUCAAAAUCCAAGAAGAACAAGAAGAAAAAGAAAAAGAACGUGGCUGGCCAAGGCGAUGCUGAUCAAUCUCCCGCCGUCUCAACUUCUGCUCUUCAAACGGCCGCUCAGGAUAGCUCUCGGCCGUCAGGCAUGUCACGAGAUAAGAUUUGGAGUACAAGUAACCAUGAAGAACGAGAGCGGAUUAAAGAGUUCUGGCUCGGACUGGGCGAGGACGAGCGAAAGUCACUUGUCAAGGUAGAGAAGGAUGCUGUUUUGAAGAAGAUGAAAGAGCAACAGAAACAUACAUGCAGUUGCAGCGUAUGUGGACGGAAACGAACAGCCAUUGAGGAGGAGCUCGAGGGUCUGUAUGACGCGUAUUAUCUCGAGCUAGAACAGUUCGCCAACCAAGGCGAAGGGCCGCCAAUGCUGUCACCGCCGGCACGAGAUUUUCCCCCUCGACCUCCCCCUCGACUCCACUCGAGUUAUACACCACAACAACCGUCUCACGGUAGGAUUGUAGAACACGUGACCGACGAAGACGACGACGACGAAUUGGAAGAAGAAGUGUACAGUGAAGACGAGGUGGAGGAUGACGAGUACAGCGACGACGAACCCCCGGAACAGUUUCACAAUCCCUACGAACGAGAUAUGACGGAUUUCUUGACAUUUGGCAACAGUUUGCAAGUCAAGGGUACGCAACUUCUUGAAUCUCUUCUCAGCGUAUAUGGUAACAUGGACUUAGGCGGCAUUCUCACCGUAGCGGAUGACCUCCUUAAGAACGACGGCAAGCGAUUCAUCGAAAUGAUGGAACAGCUAGCAGAACGCCGAAUGGCUCGCGAGGAGGACGCCAGAGAACACUUCUCUCGCGGCUAUGGUCAUCCCAACGGCUCAUACUCCACUCCUCAUAAUCAUGCUCCUCAAGAUGACGACGACUACGAAGACGAAGAAGAUGAGGAGGAGGAUUAUGAGGACAGCCAAGAAGAGGAGUAUGAGGAUGAAGAGGUAUAUUCCAAUCCUUCUGUGAUGCCGUCCAAGUUCCAUACUGAGUGCUGCUGCCAGGACCCAAUGACGGAUGAACAGCGAAUGGAAGAAGGGCGUCGGAUGUUCCAAAUAUUCGCAGCUCGCAUGUUUGAACAACGAGUCCUGUCUGCAUACAAGGAGAAGGUCGCCAAAGAACGGCAAGACAAGCUGUUAGAGGAGUUAGAGGAGGAAAUUAGGCAAGUUGACCAGCAAAAGGCCAAGAAAGCCAAAAACGCCCAAAAGAAAAAGGACAAGGCGGCCCAGAAGAAGCAAGCCUUGGCCGAAGAAAAGGCGCGGAAGGAGGCUGAGAAGGCUGCCGAAGAAGCUGCUCGGCUUGAGUCAGAGCAGAAGAGGAUUGCUGAACAGAAACAGAAAGCCGAAGAGAAGCGACGAUUAAAGGAAUCUCAAAAGAAGGCCGAGGAAGAAGCUCGACUAAGAAAGGAAGCAGAACGCCAACGUCGCCUUCACGAACAGCGGGAGAAACAAGCGGAACAAGAACGCAAAGCUCGAGAAGCCAAAGAACGCGAAAAGAAGCUGAAAGAAGAGCAGCGGCAAAAGGAAAAGCAGGCCCGAGAUCAGAGAGAACGGGAAGCUCAAGAACGAAAGGAGAAGCAAGAGCGGGACAAACGUGAAAAGGAGGCGAGAGCCGCCAAGGCGCAGAGGGAGAGUCAAGAAGCUGCUCAGCGAGCAAAAGAAGACAGGGCCAACCACAACACCAACAAAUCUUCAGCUCAAGCUGCGCAAUCUGCUCCAUCGCAACCUCUCCAGAUCCCCAAGCGAGGACAAACUCAUUCCGCCGCUCCUCUGCCGACCGUUCUGCCACAGCACCCACCCAACCCGGCUAGUUAUGCUUCUCCAAAGAUUCCAGUGGCCACGCCAGCGAUCCCCAAGGCGCCCACGCCGAUUAGAUCCCGUGCUUUAUCACAACAGCAGGACUCCGGCCCGGGUAGCUCUGCGGCGUCCCAGUCCGCGUCAGUGCCCAGUCAGAAUCCGUCACCGCACCCAGGAACACCUAUCCAGGCCAGUCCCGUGCCCAUUGGGCAAGAGAGAAAGGCCAGUGCAAGCAGCUCAAUUAUUGGAUCUCAACUCAAUCAACCAGCAUCUCCCCAUAGCUUGCAGAGCAGGCUGCCUAGCCACACGCCACCUUUCCAAAUGCCACCAGGGAUGGGUCUACAACCGCCACCAGGUUUGGCGCAACACCGGCCACAAGGCUUUCCCAGCCCAAUCUCGCAUGAGCCCAUGUACCCGAUGGGAUACCGCCCGGGUCCUAACAUGAUGAUGGCUCCUCCCGGUCUCAAUGGUCCCGGGGCUCGAGGAUUUCCACCUGGUCCAAUGGUCCCUCCUGGAUUCAAUCACGCAUCGACCGACCCCUUCCCAAUGAACCAAGGGUUUCCAAUGGCGAAGGAAGGGCCAGUUCCGACACAUACACGUCAAGGAUCUACAGGAUAUGACGGCGGUGCAGGAGUUCCAACCCAGCCUAUUGGGAGACCUGCACCGAUUGGUCGUCCCGGCAGCUUAAGUCAGCGACCCUCACGCGAUGAGGACGAGGAUACCCAGCAUUUGGGCAGCAGCGCUCUGGUGGCUGACGACGAGCCUCUGCUGGAAGGAAUCAAUCCGGGCAGUUUGCGUAACCAGCCCCCGGGCCCGCGCGGAGGGUUCGCAACGAGCCCGUUUAUGGAUACUGGGUUCUCCAUGGCACAGAAUCCCUGGGGUCCUCCGGCCGCAGCUGGACAACCAUUUGCGCCGCCUGGCUUUCCGGCUCCAACUUGGGGCUCUCCCUCAAUCCCACCGGGCUUUCCCAUGGGCUCCCCGACGCCAGGGAUGAGCACCAUGAGCACCAUGCGAAGCUCAUCUCAGCCUCGUCAUGUCACGGUUCGAUCGGCCAUGUGUGCCGUGUGCCGGCAAAUGUCUGAGUCUGCAGUAGCGGAUACAGAAGGGUAUAUUGACCUAAGCAUGGUCAAGGCACGGGUCGAGAUUUAUGCCAAUGAUGCCUCGCUCACCGAACCGUAUUUAUUGAACCUCUGUGACACUGAGGGUAGUAAUUCGAACGGCGGCGGGACGUUUGAAAUCAAGCGCGACAUGGGCGACACUGGCAAGCACAGAAUCCGAUGGUCUCCAGAUCAAGGCGAUACUUUAGGGCACCAUGGACAUCGAGCGGUCGGGGCGCCGGGAGAGAUGUGCAGUCCCCAGACAACCCGAGCGCCCUUGCAGGGCCACUAG